CUUCAGUUCCCAUAGCUACUAUGUUUCUGAAAGUGAGGGAAAGGAUUUUAUUAACAGGUUUUUAUUUAGGUGUGGAAAAAAAUAUAAUCUGUCAGUUUAAAACUAUAGCCCCAGAUACACAAUGGGAACAGAUCUCUAUUUAUGAAGAUUUUCUCCAAAUAAUAAUCAAAUUUAAUAAAAUAAGGCGAAUGCUCAGGAAACAUGAGUUCGAAAAACCUGUGCGAGAUGGAUGACUCAAAGAAAUCAGAGCCAAAAUGCCCAUCUUCUCAACAACAUGCACUCCAGAAACUCUUUUCAGAGACUUCAGAGGUCAAGCAGAGCAGACAUUUGUGUGGUGACCUUAUCAUAAAGGACAAAGCAAAUACUCAUUAUCAAGCAGGUAUAAAGGCUGUAGAUCAGCUAGAGUUUGAGAGGGCUGUCAUUUGCUUCACAAAAGCCAUAACACUACAAACAGAACAGACUCAGCUUUAUGUAGCGAGAGCAGAGGCCUAUCUUCAGCUGUGCGACUUCAAGUCUGCAGCCCUCGAUUAUAAGCAUGCCUGCAACCUGGAACCACAGAAAAAGGCCCAUUUUCAUCGCCUUGCCUUUGUUUAUUACCUGCAGGGCCAGUGUUAUUGUGACCGGGGAAUGUUCCUUGAGGCUUUGCAGUCUUUUGCUAAGGCAGUUGAACUGAAGCCUGACUUUAGACCUUAUCACAUGAGAAGCUUGGCAUGUCUGACCGCACUGGGUCGUUACUCUGACGCUAUGCGACUGGUCACUAACUGGCUCGAGAGUGAAACUCCAUCAGCCGACCUCUUCACGCUUAGAGCACGUUUACACCACCAACUCAGACAGCCCAUGCUAUGUUACUAUGACCUAAAGUCGGCUCUGAAGCUUAAUCCGAGCUGUCCGGAGGCGCGGGCCUUGCUGGAGAUGAUGGAGCAGGGAGCCGAGCGCGCUCGCCAGCAGGCAGUGACUAAAGCUGUGGAGGGAGAGCUGUCUGAUGCCCUGGCAAAGAUUACCACAGCUCUAGAGCUGAACCCUGAAAAUGCGCAACAUUACCUUUUUAGAGGGAUACUGUACCGCAGACUGAAAGAUUUCACUGCUGCUAUAGAGGAUCUGAUGCUUGCUGUGGAGUUCUGUGAUGAUGGAGCAAAACAUCCCGAGGGGGAAAAGCCCGAGGAGUCUAAGGAUCUGGAACAAGAUGCUCAUGUCCAACUAGUGCUCGCUUACAAUGAUUUCGCGGUCCAGUGCUUCACCCAAGGCUUCUACAGCGAGGCCACCAUGCUUCUCACGAAAGCCAUCCAUGAGCAGAGAGAUGAGAGUGGGCUCUUUAUUAACCGAGGAGACUGUUUCUUUAGGCAGAAGGAGUGGCUUUUUGCCCUGGCUGACUACCAGCAGGCUGAGGAGUUGGACCCCAAAAAUACAGCCAUUUGCCUUCGUUUGGCUGUUAUUCACAACACACUGGGCCUGCACAGUUAUGAGAACCUGAAUUUUCAGGACGCAGCAGACAAGUUUUCUCUGGCCAUCAAGUACAACCCUGGUGUAUCUCAGUACUAUGGGAAUCGGGUUAAGGCUCUCUUCAAGCUGCAGCGUAUGGAGGAAGCCACACAGGAUGCUGUCAGUGCUCUCAUCUUAGACCCUGCUAAUGAUGAGCUCGUCCCUCUGCUGCUCAGACUUUUCCCAGGCUGCUCUCUGUCAGAUGUCAUAUCCAGUGGCAUGGCUCAAACAGUCAAAGCUCAGCUGAUGGAGCGGAUCCAGACCUGGAAACUAGCAAGCUUUCCUGUGUCAAGACUCUCCAAUAAGCUUGAGAGGACAGUCCUCAGACACGACACUGACAGCCAGGCGAAAACAGACUCUGUAAGUGCCUCAAGCAGAGAGGAUGUGGAGGGGAGAUUUCAACCUGUUGAAUACACGCAAGAUCCGGUCAGGAGCAAGGAACAGGUGAGUGACGUAGUGAAGAAGCUCCUGCAUCAGAGGCAGUCUCUAAGUUACACUGGACCUCGCAUUGCCCCGCUUUGCAUCACACACCACUCGGAGCCGGCAGCUCGCACUUCUAAACCUCCAUACUCCUGGAGGAACUUUGGAGGCUUGGGCCUUAACUGCUAACCACAUGUCUGAAAGUAGAAAUAAAGUUAUACUGGCCCUCAUGAAUUGUCUAAUGAGUCUUAUGCACGAGUUUAACCUGAAACACAGAGUAAGAGUCUUAGAGUCUUGUUGUGUGUUGGUGGUUAUAUUUUAUUUAGUUUGAACUGCAGUAUAAAAGGAUUAUAACAUUCUAAUUGAAAAGUAAUUAACAAUCUUACAUGUAUGUAAUCUGUAAAGUGUAGGUUAGGCUGAAACACAGUGCGUCACUUCCCUAAAAAGGUAACACAGAGAGGCCUACAAACGCGGCCACAAUGGACUGCAUCAUGUCUCAUAGUCUUUUACUAUUGGGUGUAUGCUUAUAAAUGUUUGAGGUUCAUUGUUCUAUGUCUUUUGCUUAAGUAACUCUGUUUGCAUGUCACAAAUGAUGAACAUAAUUAAUAAAUGAUCUUAUCU